AAAGAUUUCAAUAUAUAAGGAGUAGUAACUAAGGCCUUAACUUCAAUAAAUAUUCCCAAAAAGCGAAACCAUGGAUCCUGCUGUUAUUGUCGAUGAAAAUCAGACUAAUAUUACCAAAAAGCGACGUCCAUGGUGGCUAAACAAAUUCGUGAUUUACGACAUUGUCAUGAGCGCACUCUUGAUAGCCUUAAACGUUGCAAUAUAUUUGUAUAUAAGACACUCGAAGAUUCACAUAGCUGUUCCACACAAAUCGCACAUGAUCGAGGUGCUAUUCGGUUACUACUGCGUAACAUUUAUUUGUGGUGUAGCUUUAUGGGUCUACGUCUUCCGACAGAACAUACCCGAAACCUUUGAAGGCGGCAUCAUGGGUGCUAGUCAUGUCAUGGCCAUUGUUUUAUUCAUCGUAUUCAUCUAUUCCAUCUCUCCCAUUUAUUCUCUCUUUUUAGAUUUAUACAAAGUUUGUUUUAACUGGGAAAAGUUUCGGGAAGCGUGUAAGUUAUAUUUAAAAGAAAGAUAAUCACGUGACUCCUCCACGUGAUUCGCUAAUAAAAUGGGUUUAAGCCUCGUAAAGGCCCAGUUGUUUUAAGAAGAAAAAUAUAUCUGUUGUUUUGGAAUAGAAUGGGCUUGGGCCUUCCAGUUCACUGAAAGAAAAAACAAAC